GGAGUUAUUCGCCAUAAAACGAAGAAGAAGAAGUCGUCAGUCACCGGAUGUUUCUCUUCUCCGCGCUCAUGUUGAACCGACUGUCACGCUCAACUAAACUAUUUUUCCGUUACAUCCCCCCUUCUUCAAUCCUAACCCACAGAAACCUCUUCAGCGCCCGGUUUAAUACGAAUAUGGAGAGAUGUGUGGUGAGAUGUGUGCCGCGCGAGUCCAAACUGACCAUCUCCUUCAAUCUGGACGGCAGCAAUAAACAGAUGCUGAGAGAGCAGACGGAGCCGCUGGGGAAAGUCCUGGCUCGCAUAGCCAACAGCCUCAUCAAGGCACAGAACAAAGCGAAGAAAUCCAGACCAAACGAAGAAAAGCGCGAGACUCCAGAGAUCAGCCUGCGCGUGAACGAGACGCGCGUGCCCGAGGACACCGUGAGCGCGCGCGCGUGGCAGGACGGAGCCGUGUUGCAUGUCGGGAGCUUGAAGUAUAAAGUGGAGCUGAAUCCUCCGACAUUCACUGUGUCUGAGCUCCCAACAUCUCUAAUGGCCGGAUUUCCGGUUUGUCCCAAGCUGGAGAUGGAGUUCGGAGAGCUGAGGGACUCCGAGUUCAGAUGGUUCAAGGAAAGCUCUCCUGAUGCACCUCAAGACUGCUGGAUGGAGGCUGGAUGUGAACGUGUGUUCACGCCAUCCAAUCUGGACAUCGGUUUGAAGGUGAUGCUGAAAUGCACUCCAGGGAACGGAUCCAGGUUUGGGGAACCUAAGGAACUGGUGUCUUCAGGUGUAGUCGAAGCCGGUCCAGGAGCAUGCAGCUUUGAUAACAGACACAUGUUCACUCAGGAGGCCACCGGUGAGUCUUCACUGAGGCUUGUGUCUUAUAACAUCCUAGCUGACAUCUACGCUCAAACCGAGCUUUCCAAAACAGUGCUGUACCCUUAUUGUGCGCCGUACGCUUUAGACAUGGACUACAGGCAGAAUCUGAUCAAGAAGGAGCUGUCGGGCUACAACGCUGACAUCGUUUGCCUCCAGGAGGUGGAUAAAGGCGCUUUUGUCGAUAGUUUAUCUCCUGCGUUGGAUGCGUUUGGGUUGGACGGG